AUGGAUUCUCCGAUCAGAGAUUACUACAACGGAAAGUCCAUAUUAAUAACGGGCGGCACAGGAUUUAUUGGCAAAGUAUUGUGCGAGAAGUUGUUGCGCUCGUGUCCGGGCGUUGACAAUAUCUUUGUGUUAUUACGUCCGCGAAAUGAUAAGACAGCCCAACAACGGCUUCAGGAAGAUAUACUCGACUCUAAGGUCUUUACUCUAAAUAACAAUGGCUUAAAUCACAGCAAAAUCGUUGCCGUCAGCGGAGAUGUGAGCACAGCUGGUCUCGGCUUGUCUGACGAGGACAGGGAUCGGCUUAUAUCUGAGGUGUCGGUUGUGUUUCAUUCGGCGGCUUCUGUUAAAUUUCACGGACCCCUCAAUGACUUCAUUGUCCAAAAUGUUUGCGGAACUCAAGCAGUGAUGCAAUUGUGCUCUAAGAUGACUAAACUUGAGGUUUGUUUUGUGAUUUCAUAUUUAAGAUGGGUUGAUAACGUGAAUGGAGUGGCGGGCGCUCUCAUGUUGGGUGCUUUGGGUAUUGCCAGGACUAUGGAAGUCAAUUGUGACGCGAAAGCGGAUUUAAUUCCCGUGGAUAUGAUCGCCAAUUCUCUGGUCGUGAUUGGUUGGCAUUCAGGCACUCAUCCCAACGAUAAGAAACAAGUGAUACAUUUGACGAGUGGUGUGGAGAACCCGGUGACCUGGGGCAAAUUUCUUGACUACUCGAGAGUGGCAGCUGUGAAGGCGCCGUCCAUACGAAUGGUGCGGCCAUUGGCUAAGAAUCCCACGAGUUAUAGGGGACCGUUGGGUCGUAUCAAUCAUGUGAUCACCAAAUAUGUGUCACACAUAUUGUUCGCGUAUUUCGUGGACGCGAUUAUUACACUACUCGGCUAUAAGAGGAUUAUGGUAAAAGUGACAAAUAAGAUGCACCGGGCGUUCACUGUAUUGGAACACUUCACUAACAAGGAGUGGGUGUUUCACAACACAAACUAUUAUGAAAUACACGACAAGUUGUCAGAAGAGGAUCAGAAGCUGUACUUCUCGGACAUACGACGACUNAUUAUUGUCGUUAAACACCAAACAUCACUUAACAAACACUCCACUCUAUUAAUAGUGGCCUAA